CCUAAGCGCACCCUAUAUAUCAUUUACUGUAAAUUUCCGCCGGGAAGAAAAGUCUGCGUUUCUUCACCAACCCUACACGAACCAAGAUAGAUAGAAACCUUCUCCUUCUUCUGCUUCUUUUAUCAUCGGAGAAUUCGAAUCUUCUUUUCCUCUUUUUGAGAUUCUCUAAUUAUCCUUUUGGAAGAGGGUUCGAUUUCAUGCCGAUUAGAUUGUGUUAACGGAUUUUUCGGAGUUUAUUGAUAGUUAUUUCAGUUUGAAAUCCAUUUUAGGGGUUACGAUCGUUGACUUGUGAUAAGUCUAGGUCACCAAAUGUAUCAUUUCUUAGUGUCUCGAUUUUUAUCGAAUUAUGCUCUCGUAAUGAAACUUCAUCAUCAUGUAGAUGAAGGAUUUUACUCUUCUGAUACAAAAAUUUGUUUUUUGUGAAAAAAAAUCUGUUUCCUUUUUUGUUCUGCUUAAACCCUAUAAUUAGAAACUUUCGUCGAGCAUUUCUCUAUAAGUUUGUACAGUUUGCUCUAUUUCAUUUGGGGAAGAAAUUAGUUACUUCUAAAUUUUCGUAUGUUAUAAAGUCUUGUUCUGCAACACCAUUACUGACGUUUUUGCGUUAUGAAUAUACUGAUACAGUUUCGUGUGAGAGAGAAGCGUAAUGGGCUGCUUUGGUUGUUGUGGUGGUGGUGAGGAUUUCCGUAGAGUUUCUGAAACUGGACCAAAGCCAGUGCAUAACACUGGAGGUUACAAUGGAGGUCACCAUCAAAGGGCAGAUCCACCCAAAAACCUUCCAGUCAUUCAGAUGCAGCCUAUCUCUGUUGCGGCCAUUCCAGCUGAUGAAUUGAGGGAUAUAACGGAUAACUAUGGUUCAAAGUCCUUGAUUGGUGAGGGUUCAUAUGGAAGAGUCUUUUAUGGUAUUCUUAAAAGUGGUAAAGCAGCUGCCAUUAAGAAACUGGAUUCUAGUAAGCAACCAGAUCAAGAAUUUCUCGCCCAGGUAUCAAUGGUUUCGAGAUUGCGACAAGAAAAUGUUGUUGCGCUUCUGGGCUAUUGUGUUGAUGGCCCACUCCGUGUUCUUGCUUAUGAAUAUGCUCCUAAUGGAUCUCUUCAUGAUAUUCUUCAUGGUCGAAAAGGUGUUAAAGGGGCACAGCCAGGUCCUGUUCUGUCGUGGCACCAGAGAGUCAAAAUUGCUGUUGGUGCGGCUAGAGGACUCGAGUACUUGCAUGAGAAGGCAAACCCUCAUGUUAUCCACAGAGACAUCAAAUCCAGCAAUGUACUUCUGUUCGAUGAUGAUGUUGCCAAGAUUGCUGAUUUUGAUUUGUCCAACCAAGCCCCUGACAUGGCUGCUCGCCUUCACUCAACCCGUGUGCUCGGAACCUUUGGCUAUCACGCUCCAGAGUAUGCAAUGACGGGGACGUUGAGCACAAAGAGUGAUGUCUAUAGUUUUGGCGUUGUUCUGCUGGAGCUCCUCACAGGUCGUAAACCAGUUGAUCAUACCUUACCACGUGGACAGCAGAGUGUCGUGACAUGGGCAACCCCUAAAUUGAGUGAAGACAAGGUGAAGCAGUGUGUUGACGCAAGACUAAACGGAGAAUAUCCUCCCAAAGCUGUUGCUAAGCUGGCUGCGGUAGCUGCACUGUGUGUGCAAUAUGAGGCAGACUUCAGGCCUAACAUGAGCAUAGUGGUGAAGGCUCUUCAGCCGUUGCUCAAUCCUCCUCGUUCUGCUCCCCAGACUCCACACAGGAACCCGUAUUGAUAUGCUCUAGUCUGAUAUCACCCUUUAUGAUCAUCACUAUUUCAUUUGUUUUUGUUUGAAUCCGAUUUGUGUAAAUUUGUGAAAUAGGCGUUUAUUCUCUCAUAAACCCCCUGCCACUUCACUGAAAAUCUUACUUGGAAAGACCUGAAUGUUACUGUAUUUCUAUAUUAUUUCAUGCAUGUGAAUGUGAUGCAAGUCUCUACUAAUGCUACGAUAUGCGAGGUAAAGAUAUACCAAUACUCUGUUUGUGCGUCUGUCUGUACAAGCUCAACUCUUUUCG